AUCUCUCUCUCUCGCUCUCGUUCUCUCUUACUUUCUGAAUGAGCUCUGCUCUCUUAUAUACUCACAGGUGCGUGGCAACCCCUCAAGGCUGGAAGAUGAUCAGGAAUCCAAUUAUAGAGGAUUACAAGGAUAAGAUGCCACCGUAUCAGCCUUCCUGUUACACAGAAGAUGUAGAAAGAGAGAGAGAGAGCGAGGAUGGCAGCAUACGUCUGUAUUUCCCCAGAAGACAAACAGGACGUCUCCGACCACUGAGACGGGUGAAUUGCAUCAGAAACGGUACUGACUGAGUCUGGACAGUGACUCGGACACCUCUACAGUGUUUCUGUGUGACAAGCUCUCCUCAAGACUUGAGACUGGAGGUCAGAGAGCUUGUACCCUGGCUGUCUCCCCCAGGGUCCUUCCAACAAGGUGGGAAGGGGGUCAGCCGAAACGAUCACAUGGAGGGCAGGCCUCUCUCGCCCCUCUUGCUGGCUGUGCUGUUUCUGGCAACAGGUGCGAGCGAUGAUGACCGCUCACUGCACACUCAUCAGGUCAGUACGGCUCAGUGUGGAGAAUACAGCAAUCAGGUCCUAGAGGACGGCAUGUGUCGACUCAUGGCCAUGUUACCCCAGCUGGACGACCAGCGCUGCCCGGACAUGUUCCGCUGUACUGAUGAAGUUUCAUACUGGCUUCAUGAGAAUGAGGAACGCAAACAGCAGAUUCUGACCCUGCGGGAGACAGUGUCUGAACUUCAAGAGGAGCUUCGCAACCAUCGUCAUCGAGUCAAAGUCUUAGAACUACAGAGUGAAGAGAAGAACCGUAAUAAUUCAUCUAUUGAGCAGCGCUUGCAUGAGCUGGAAGAUCAUUACGCUGAGGCCACAACCUUGUUGCACAUCCAGGGCUCAUUGAUCUAUGACCUCCAGACCCAGAUUCAGAACCUUUCCCUGCUGGUGGAAAAAGUCAGACGUAACCCGGGCUGCAUGAUCAACAUAGUCCGCACCAGCCCAAUGCUCAGUGCACAGGAAGCCCUGCAUCCUGAGGUGCAGCAUGUCAGGAACUGCCCCAUCGACUGUGCCUCCAUCUACUAUAACGGAGUGCGGCACUCUGGGAUCUACACUGUUGUGCCCUCACUAGGGGCCAUGCCAGUGGAAGUCUACUGUGAUAUGGACACAGACGGUGGCGGCUGGACUGUGAUCCAGCGCAGGCAAGAUGGCUCCGUGAACUUUGACCGCAGCUGGAAGGAGUAUAAAGAGGGAUUUGGAGACCUGCACACCGAAUACUGGCUGGGAAAUGAACACAUCCAUGACCUGACCAGUCAGGGAGACUAUAUGCUCCGUAUUGACCUGGAGGACUGGAGCGGGAAACACAAACACGCUGUUUAUCAGAGUUUCAGUGUGGAGGACGAGAGCACUCGGUACCGUCUGCGUGUGUCGGGCUUCAGCAGAACUGUGGAGGACUCCUUCAGCUGGUAUCAUGACAAGCAGAGCUUCAAGACACCCGACACGGGCAACAUCUGUGCCGAGAUCUCCCACGCUGGCUGGUGGUACAACCAGUGUUUCUACGCAAACCUCAACGGCAUCUACUACAAGGGUGGCCGCUACUCGCUGAAGGGGAAGAACCCUCUUGGUCCGGACGGUAUUGUGUGGUACACCUGGAAAGAUUCGGAUUAUUACUCUCUGAGGAAGGUCAGCAUGAUGAUCCGACCCAGAAUCUUCAGACAGCAUCUGUCACCCUGAAUCAGACCCAACCAAAGAGCUUGGGCCCGUACGUCAACCAGCCAAUCACAGUUCUCAGAGCCACAGCGAAGUGUGAAACAGAGGAAAAUCAGUGUAUGGACUGAAUGUCUUGUCCAGACAGUGAAACCAUUUUAGGAUUAUCCCAAAAACUAGAGAAGGACUGCUCCUGAGACAGCCAGUGUCUGCCAUUCAGUGAGUCUGAAUGUUACAUGCCUAUAUUUUCUAUACCCAUGGUUUUAAGAUUAAGAACAUUUUGACUUAUUUUAUAAAUGUGUAUCAAAGGUAGAUUUAGUUUCUGCAGCGUACAAUGGGACCAAAGACCCUUUUGUUUUUUCCCCCCAAAAACCCUAAAUAGCAACAAUCAUCCCACAGCAUGGGGCCUCAUUUAUAAAAUGUUGUGCAGAAAUUGUCUUUAAAUUGAUCUUACGAUCAUCCCUCAAAUAUGCAUAUACGGGUGAUUCAUAAAUUGAACGUACGCAUCUCUUUCAGAUGUGAAAUCUAUGAAUCGCAAAUGAUCUUGAAUGUGAAAGAUCACUAGUCAUCAUCCAAAUUCUUUCAUUUAGAACAGCGAGCUGCAAGAACCGCUUACAUUUCCAAAAACCUGCAGCACUCGAACAAGAAAAAGUGCGUACGUCUGCUCAGACCCUGACGUGACGCUAAGCACUUUUCCACGUAAAAAGACAGUUUUUACAAAUAUGAGCGUUGGCUUGGAUUUAAGCAUACUAUCAAAUCUGAGCGUACGCACGCUUUAUAAAUGAGGCCCCUGUUUACCACUAUUUUCCAGAUCAAGAGGAUCAUUGCAUGAGUACAUGAUUAAUGAUUCAUUAUUGCAUUUAAUCAAAUAUACACUAUUAUUCAAAAUUUUAGGGUUG